AUGGGUGUUGCUGAUGAUGUUCACAGUGUUGUUUUGACACUAACAACAUCUGGAAAACCGAUGACACCAUCGAGUAUUGAAAAAGAGUGGAAGUACGUUGAAAUUUUAAUUAUAUUUGGGAGGAGAAAGGGGCGGGUCUGGGGAUGUUAACGUUAGCUACUAUAUAAAUAUAUCACAUUUUCCUUUUUUUCUUGAUUUUUGGAUGCCCCAUUUCAGUUGAUCUACUUCAGAUUCAGAAGCUAUUUGACAAGUUCAGAACCUAACCACUUUCUUUGCGAGAUAUUUUCAAUUCAGUGAUUCGAAUUGUUAUUCAAUUUUAUAAAUAUUGUCAGACUUUCUCCAAAAUCUAAAAGAUAAUUUUCCAAAUUUUCUAUUAUUCAAAAAGCGCCAUAACAUUGACUCCUCUCUUAAAAGUUGUUUUGUAUUCAGAGAUCUUCGUGGUGUUGAUUUGAAUGCUCUCAUUCGCAAAGAAGGGCUUUAUUCUCGACUCAACGAUCUUCUCGCAAGCAAUACGCAUUUGUUCACACAACAAGGAUAUGUAUGUUUAUCAUAUCUUUCUUUUUCUUACUUCAAUCUUUUUUUGAAGGGUUGGUUGGCUGUUCAAACAUCUGAAACACAAGAAGUUACGAAUGUAAUGAGAGCAAGUCGAGGUGGAAAAAGAAAUGGUGGAAAUUCGAGAGGAGGAAAUAUGAAUCGAGGUGGCGGAAGAUCUGGAGGAGGAGGAAUUCCUCGAGUUGAUCAUAAUCAACGAUAUGGAAGUGCCUUUCAUAAUCCGGCGAAUUCGAGAGGAAGAGGAGGUUUUAAUAAUAGUGGAGGAUUUGGUGGAGGAGGAGGAGGAGGUGGAAAUGAUCGAAUUAAUUCGAGACCGUUUCGAUCACAACAACAAUAUCAACCACAACCACCACCGCCACCUCCAAUUGGAUUGAAUCCAACUUCAUCGAGAUAUAAUGGAAAUAACACCAAUGAUUUUGGAUCGUAAGUUUUUUUUUCAUUCAAGAAGACAAUAGCAGAAACUGCAGAACAAUCCAAUUUUUUAAAAAUAAAUUCUCUUCAGUUUCUAAAUGUGAUUUGCCCACAGUUCUAGCCAAUUGAUAUUUCAAAUCCCAACUUACAGAUCUCAACAACAACAACAUCGUCGAUCUCCUAGUUAUUCACCACCGAGGAGAAAUUACAGUACUUCGAGAAGAAAUUCGCCGGCUUAUGAUGAUGAUCGAGAUAGACCAAGUUGUGAGUUGAAAUAUUCAAAGUUUUUCAUUUUUUUCCGAAUUUAUUUAGUCGCAAGAUAUGAAGAGCCGGUUCGACAGACAAGAUAUGAAGAACCAAUUCGGCAAGCAAGGUAUGAAGAACCGGUUCGACAAGAAAGAUAUGAAGAGCCAGUUCGGCAACCGAGAUAUGAAGAACCUGUGAGACGAUCACCAGUUUGUGAGUUUUUCUCUUGAUUUCUCUUGAUAUUAUUCUGUAAUUGUUUCAUUUUCAGUUGGUCGGCAAAAUGUGGAUGAUCGACGUUAUCAAAGAUCCACUUCAAGUUGUAUGUUUUUUUUCAAUAAGAUUUAAAUUAUGUAAUAUUUUUCAGUUGGACGUAAAAAUGAUGAUGAUGGUUAUGAUCGUGAUCGGGAUCGUGAUUGUAAGUUGGAAAUUUUUACAUAUUUUGAAAAUUGUGAAAAAAAACUUCCCCAAAGUUCAAAUGCUAAAUUAUAGAUGGAUCUAGCUCGAAUCAAAGAAACGGAUAUAAUGAUGAUAAUGGUCGAAUGAGUAGAUCAAGAAGUCAAUAUGACGACGAAGAAGGACAAUCAUCGAGUUUCCAAAGACAUCGAUCACAAAGUCGAAGUAUGAGAGAUGUUCGAACAACCAGAGAGAAUUAUGAUUCUUCUAGUUCUUAUAAUGAUGUAAGUAUUUUUCUCAAAAAAUAAAUAAAUAAAAAGAAUUAAACUGUGAUAUUAUUUUUAGAUACCUCGAGAAACUCCAAUGACAAAUCAAAGAGCAAAUGAUUUAUUGAUUCGUUCUGGAAUUGAUAGUUUAUCAAUUAAUGAUGAUUCGAAUGCAGCAGGAGAAAAAGACAAAUCAGCAAAGAAUACGAAACAAAAGGCAGCUAAUCUACUUUGUGAAAUAUUCAAUAAUAACAAUGGUGGAUCAUUGAAAGUGGAAGAAGUUAUCAGAUUAUUGAAUCAACAUAUGUAAUUGAAAACAGUAAAUUAAUUAUUGAAAUUGAGUUGUUUUCAGUGAUUUGCCAUUGAAGAAAUAUGGAGAUGUUGGAGCACUUGAGAAGUUGAAAGCUGAUAAACCAAAAUCUCUUCAAUGCAUGGAAAUUGACAGAACAACGGUAACGCCCCUUUUUUCUUCAGUCCGCAGUGAGAAAAGUUUGCUUUUUUUGUUUUGUUUUCUCGCCUGUGAAUUUUAUUGAAUUUUGAAACCGAAAUCUGAAAGUCGAACCCUUUUCUUGAUUACUCUACAUUUGUUUUCUUAAAAUGUCAUCAUUACGGAACCCCCCCCCCCUUUUUUUUUUCUCCGAGAAAAAAGAAUUCUCAUCCAUUCCAGUAAAAGUUAGAAACUUUCAGUUUUUGUCUCGUUUAUUUUUUUUAUUAUUUUCAGAGAACAGUUCAUUGGCGAUCAAUUCGAUCAGAUUCUCCACCUCCUUUAUCAACAACUUCAUCUUCUCGAAGACCAGAUUCUGAAUUAUUGAAUAACAGCGGAGAAAUUCAUAAUCAACUUGAAUUGACUGUUUUGAAUUCGAUGUCAAUGAGAGAUGCAAUUUCAAGAUUGAAAUUUGACACGGAUGAUGUAAAAGAUAAGAUAAAUAUUAUUGCAUUGGCUAUACUUAUACAAAAUCCGAAAGUUUUUCAAAUCGAUAAAUUAGAUGGUAAGUUUUUGGAAUUCUUUAGCAUAAUUAAAAAAAAGAGAAUUGAAAACAUAGUUAGAAAAAGGACUAUUUACUAAAGAGAAAGAUGAAUACUUCUCAGAGAAAGUAUGGCUUGAACGGCGCGGUCCGCGGACGAUUUUUCACCGAUUUUUGGGUGAAAAUCAUUACGCGGAUUCCGCGAAAAAAAUUUCGCGGACAGCGAAACUUCAGCCAAUGAGCGUCGAAUUUCGCGCAUUCCGCGAAAUUUUUUGACUUGGAAAUUGGAUUUUUUGCGUUUUUCGCGGAUCCGCGGAUGGACUCGAGAGGAAGGUUAUAAAAAGGAUAAAUUGUAUCGCGUACGCGACAACGAGGAUGGCGCAGCGAGGAAGAUGGAUGACUACAAAACUACAGGAUUGGGAUCGAGGCCGGGUUGGAACUACAAGUCAAUACUAACUUCUGAUAAUUAUCAGUGGUAGUGAAGCAUUUUUAUAUUUCGAGAGUGCAUUGCGCGGACGUUUCGCUAACAGCGGAGUAUAAUUUCGCGGACGUUUCGCUAAAGUUCUUGUGUCAGCCGCGGAUUGGCAGAUUUCUGGGUUUCGCGAACCGCGCCGUUCCAGCCAGACCUUCUCUGAGUUUAUAAAAAUACUAUUUUUAGAAACUGGAACAAUUGUACGGAUUCGACAACAAGAAGUGAAUGCGAGACAAGAAACUGUUAGAAAUGGUAAUUUUAUUUGAAUUUUGUCUAAUUUUUCAAGGUGUUUGUAAGGUGUUUAUAACAAUUAAAUGUUUUUUAGAUGAUAUUUUGUCUCCAAAUGUUUUCCACGCUUUGGAAUAUCAUCCUUGGUCAUUUCCAAACGAAUUUAAAAAUAUUCCACGCCAAGUUUAUGUUACAAUGAUCAAAUUUAUGGGAUUUCAAAAACAUUUUUAUGUGAGAAUUUCGGAUAAAAAUGAAGAAUAUAUGCACAUGCAUACCAAAAUACAGUAAGUUUUCAUUUUCAGAUAAAAAAAAAUAGAUAAAUUAUUUUUUAGAAAUCUUGCCGAGAAUUAUCAAAACAAACACAGGUCAUUUAGUAUGAGAGAUUGGAACAAAAAUGAUGCUUGUUUGGUUUAUUGCAAAACAAAAAAUACGGAAGAAACAUCGAAUUUUGAAUGGCAUCGUGCUAUUAUUGUAGGACAUGAUGAUGAGGUUGGUAGUUUAUUUUUGAGAUAAAGAAAUCGGGCAGAAAUUUUGCAAACCGAUUGCUCAAAUUCAAAAAUUCAAAAGUUUACAAAUUUUCUGGUUUGAAAAAUCUGAUUUUUUUAAUUUCCGAGAAAGAUCAAAACUUCUUGAGAAUUCUAGAUUUUCCACAUUUUUCUCUCACAAAUAAUAUAUAAAUAUUUUUAUAGGAUGAAAUGAUUGUUGUGAAUCUCAUUGAUAUGGGCCUCAAAAAAUCAUGCAAGCCUGAAAAUAUAAUUCCAAUGCCAACCUCAAUGAGCACAAUUAAUUCAUUCGCAAUUCGUUGUAUUUUGCCAAAUUUCGAUAUUGUUGAAGAUGAAGAAUAUCAAGAAAUCGAAAGCCAUUGGAAAGAUACUUUUGAAGAAAAUGAUCGAAUUCCUUUGUGUAUUGAACCAAUUGAAUGUAUGAAUGAAAGAAAAGGAUUGGUUGUCAAAUUAUUCAGCAAAAAUACUCAACAAAAAUACAUCGAUUUACUUGCUUCUUUGCGAAAAUGCAUCCGGGAAUACUAA